UUGUUAUUACUGUAAAGACUCGUGUACUGAGUUUCAGAGAAGUGUUCACUACAGGCUAGGAUGAGGUAAGAACCCGCAUUGUACGAAGUUGCACUCUGUCCUGGAUAAAAGCUUCUGCCGAUUGACUAAAAGCAUUUUUCAAAUGUAAUCUGGUUAACUUUUCCAAUUCAAACAGUUCUCACUGUAAAGGCACGGGAUGAGCGUUUGCUCUUCUGUCAGAAGCUGCUGUGGAAAGUGAGCUCUUCACCUUGCACUCGGAGUAUCAGUAGGAAAGUCCUCUAUGCUGGCAUGUGUGCACUCGGAUUCAUGAUUUUAUCUGCUUGUGUAAACAGGAUCUCAGGUUAGGCAAACGUAGAGUGGCUUUAAAUGUUUAAAUCCAGGUGCCCGUCACUGAAACCGGCGCUGGGUUGAUCGGGUUUGCUGUAACGCACACGAGUAGUGUUCACAUGUGAUUUGUGUGCAUGGUGUACGCGUGCAUGCUUCUGGACUUCAGCACCAACAUUUGAGCAGGAUGAUCUGUGUAAAUUAGUAUUUUGUCAUCUGGGGAAACUUAAAUAGCUUAUUAUGUAGUACUAAAUGAAAUAAAAUUUUACACCGAUCAUCCUGUUAAAAAGUUUAAAUCCCUCUGACUUAAUGUAGUGCAAAUUCUUCUCACUGAGGGUUACAUUCUUUGUACCUUCAAGUAAAGAUCUCAAGCCCUUUAAAACCUGUAUGACGUGCAAAACUGGAUCUUGAAAUUAUGGUUUUACUUUUUGAUCAUACAGUUGCCCCUUUUUGCCAUCUCAGAUCUCCGGUCCUUAGUUCGAUCCUAAGCUCGGAUUCCUUUCAGUGUAGACUUUCCAUGCACGUUCUCCUUGUAUCCAAGUGGGUUUCCUCUGGGUUCUCUGGUUUCCUCCUAUCUCCAAUUUUUAUUUUUUUUUUUAAAACGGUGUAGGUGACACUAAAUUUCCCAGUGUGUGAAUGAGGAUGUGAACGUGUGCGUUUGUGCAAGAUGCAUCGAAAUGGACUGACGUUCCCAUCUCAUAGUGUUCCCGGGAUUGCCUUAGGAUCGUCCUCAACCCUGACCAGGAUAAAGCAGUUACUACAGAUGAAUGAAUGAAUGAAUGAAUGAAUGAAUUUUGUUGUUGUUGAUAUAUUUGUGCUGUAUUGGACAAUUCUACUUCCCUUAAUUAUUUACAUCCCUUAAUUUAUCUCCAGGCUACGUAUGACACCACUCUGCCCUGCUGGAAAAAAAACCCAAUAGAAACCCUCAUAUUAUUUUCUAAUGGCUAUAAUGGGAAUUGUAUUGCUUUUAAUGGAAACUGUAAAGGUCCCUGUGAGUCUUCUAUCGGUGGCAUGUUAUGUCUAGCGGAUACCAUUUAGUACCGGUAAUGGUUUUAAUGGUUAGUUGAUGGUUUGUAAUGGUAUUUGUAGCGGACGGUUUCUAUUGUGUGUGUGUGGGGGGGUGGAAUUUUAUUUUCCAUUUUUCACUACAACCACCUAUUAGAAACGUCCACCAAAGAGACAGCUUUAACUCUUCAAGAGUAAGCAUUUCUUCCAACUCUUGUUUAUUUGACAUCCUUUCCCUUGCCACCAUUUGGUUUCCUGGUUGCCAUUGGUGACCGCAGCGGUGCUAGCGUCCUCUCAGACUGCAUACUAGCGUACUAAACAGCCAAGUGCACACCAGUACAGGCAUAAAAGUAUAGUGGUAUAUUAUUUAGUACGGUAGUAUGAUGGUUAGAACGUGGCACGUUUCGGCUGUAGACACUGGUGGCAGUUAUGUUGUCUUUAGUAACCGGUUUGGACCGGAACAGAUACACUUGCUGCUAACUGCUAAUAAUAAUCAUAAUAAUACACACGCGCAACAUGUUUAGCAUGAAUGCUAACAAAGUGUUGAUGAUGUCUGGCUUUUCCUGUCUCGUUUUUCACAAAUUUGUCCAAUUCGCCUGGCAUUUCCCUUCCAGACUAAACGAACACUUAUUCAGUAGCUAUCAGACAUGCUGUAAUUGGGCUUUUCUGUGGUGCCUUUGUCUGGCUGGGAAGUUAUAAGAGCAUCGAAAUGUGAGCAGACCAGCAGGAACAGCUUCAAACCGGUUUCUGCACCGCCGCAACAAAAGCGGCUCCAGCACACUGCCUGAACUCAGACAGAGAAACACAUACACACACUCUCACACGCAGUGGACAGCUGGUAUGAUUCAGUUGCAUAAGAGUGUAACCAAAAUUCGUGUUUUCUUGUCAUUUAUCCAAAACGUCAUGAUAUUACGGUCCGGUCGUGUAGCGGUCCAAAGACGCAGUUCAGCAUCUUAACUGCGCUCUUUUCAUUUCAGCGACUGGCUGCACAUUCCUGGGAUCUCUUUGAAGAACCUAGCCUCUAAGAAUGAGUCUACAGAGCUCUAAGAAAGCCAUGGAUGGGGGCUGGGGCUGGGUCAUUGUAGUGGCCUCGUUCAUAGCCCAGCUCCUCGCCUACGGCUCCCCCCAGUCUGUUGGAGUGCUCUACCCCGAGUGGCUCGAUGCCUUCCAAGAGAGCAAGGGGAUGACCGCGUGGGUGGGUUCUCUCGUCUCCGGGGUCGGCCUCAUUGCCAGUCCCAUAUGCAGUGCCUGUGUGGUAAACUUCGGAGCCAGGCCUGUGACCAUUUUCAGCGGAGUCAUGAUUUCUGGAGGCCUAAUGCUUAGUGCCUUCGCUCCCAAUGUCCACUUCCUCAUGUUUUCCUAUGGCGUAGUCGUCGGAGUCGGCUGUGGACUCGCGUAUGCUGCUACUGUGACCAUCACAUGCCAGUACUUUGAUAAGAAGCGUGGCCUUGCUCUUGGCAUCGUUACUACAGGUACAAGUAUUGGAGGAUUCCUUUAUGCCACUGCACAGAACGAGUUCAUUGAGCUUUUCGGUCUUGAUGGCUGCCUGCUGCUCAUUGGAUCGUUUUCACUGAACAUCGUUGCCUGUGGUGGACUGAUGAGACCGUUACACUUGCCCGCUUACUACCUCAAGCAGAGAGCUGCCCUGGUGGAGAAGGCUGAAGAGAAGCUCAAUGAAAGGCCCCUGGCCCUGGACCACUCCAUCAAAAAGGACCUGCCUGUCACUGAUCUGCUGAUCCCAGUGGAGACCAAAGACACCUUGGCUUCUGAAAAGGAACUGCUGAUCUGCUCAGCCUUGGUCAGACUGCUCAAGAAGAAGCAAAAGGCCUACAUCGAGUACUUGAACUCCAUUGCUGAAAGAAUGAAGGAUCGGGUAUUUGUAGCCAUGUGCUUGGCACUGUUCUUCUACACCGUUGGGGCAUUUCCUCCACUGCUCUUUCUGGAGGACGUAGCCCAAAGUGGGGGUUUGAUUGAAGGCAUCAGCGUUGUCCCUCUGGUCUCAAUAUUUGCUAUUGCAGGGGGCAUUGGGAAGCUUCUCCUGGGAAUGGUGAUGGACAUCCGCUGGAUGAACAGCUUUUUUCUGUACGGAGUCACGCUCGUAGGCAGUGGCAUGGCACUGCUGCUGAUCCCUUUCACUACGAGUUAUGUAGGGCUCCAGGUGAUCUCAGCAGUGCUGGGUUUCUUCUCAGGGAACUGGUCCAUCACACCCUACAUGACCACCAAGGUGGUUGGCAUAGAGCGGCUCACAGAGGCCUACGGGAUCUUGAUGUUCUUUGGUGGAUUUGGGAUCAUGCUGGGACCUCCAGUCGUAGGCUGGUUCUAUGAUUGGCUGCAGUCCUAUGACCUGGCUUUCUACUUCAGUGGGAGUUGUGUGCUGCUGGGUGGAGUGCAACUUCUAAUCUCUGCCCUGUCCUGCUGGGACAAAACCCACGACUCAUCUGCCAAGCCUGAAGCAGAGUGCACUCAUAACUGUGACCGUGUGGCUGCCGUAGCCUAAAGGAUGGACAAUCUUUUCUUUGCCAGUGAUUUGUCUGCUCAAAACCAUGGCUGAAUCUGAAGAUGUUUUUGGUUGAUUUUACUUUUAUGCCUUAUUGUUAGUUGAUGUUUGAAUUUUUGUCAUUUGAUGCUUCAGUCGGUGUUUUGAAAACACCAAUGGACUCAAACUCAUCCUGUUUUCAGUUGUCUUUACCUAGCCUUGUUUUAUGAGGCUACAGGGUAUGGUGUCAAAUUAAAAAAAAAAAAAAAAAAGAGGCUAAUUCUUCAUUAUUGAUGCCGUCUGUUUUUCUUGAAACGCAUGUCCAUGCAUUGUGUUUCUUUUAUAUUGUAGUAACCGAGAUCAUUAUACCAUGACACUCAUUCAGGACAUGAUGCAAAUGUCCAACAUGGUUGUAUUGAAGAUGGACCACUAUACUACGUUCUGGUCCCUUAUUAAUGACAUCUUCAAUUUGAUUGUUAGUUGUUUGUGUUAAUGUUGUACCAAAGUUAAAAAAAAAUGUUUUUUAUUGUAUUGGACAUAGGGUUAAAUCGACAAUCUCAUGCCACAAAUUUUAAACCCAGUCUGUUUUUGUGCUGCUGAAGUCGUCUUUUCCAUCGAGUGUUGGCCUGUGAUCAUCAGGAGCACAGUGUGUUUCAACAAGGUGACUAACCGGACUCAAAAACUAUUCAAGUGUUCGAUGUGUGUCAGUCCACUUGGAUUUCAUUUCAUUUCAAGCAAGUCAAUAUAUUUCAAGCAAUAUGUAGAUAUUUUUUGUGUCUAUUUCUAUUUGUUUGCACUAACAUUUCUAGACUGUUGUAUUUUUUUACAUGCACUGAAGUAGGUUGCGCAGUGUUGAUUUUCUGUAUCGUUUGUGUCUUUCUUAUAUGAAGAGUUAUUUUACUUGAACUGCUGCUGCAUGAUAUUAUUAUUAUUAUUAUUAUUAUUAUUAUUAUUAUGUAAAAAAAAACAAAAAACAAACAAAAAAAAACCUUGACAAAUGAUGAUCUUUGGUUAGAGUCAUACCAGGUGUGAAAGACCCAUACACUGUCUUCGCACAUGAUGCCACCUGUGAUAUUUAUGUAUGUUGUUUUUGUUUUGUUUUUUACUUUAAAUAUGAUUUUUAAAAUUAGAAAUAAACUAAGCUUGAUUAAAGCAGUUGUCAGCAUCUAUUGAAUAUAAUUUAGCAGUACUUUUUAACACAUGAUGGUGAACACUGUGGCGAU